GGCGACCCUGUGAUACGCUGGAGGAAGAAACAGGGAACUAAACCAUCCACUACAUUAGCAGGCUCCGAUUAUUAGCAUUAAAAACACAAACAUCUGUAAACCACCGUGUCCAGGAACAAGACAAGGCGCUUCAGAUCGCGCUGCUGGUAGCUAAUUCAUCCAAAAAAAGACACAAUCAUGACGGCGGCGGUGUUUUUCGGCUGCACCUUCAUCGCCUUCGGCCCGGCCAUCGCUCUGUUCCUGUUUACCAUCGCCCGGGAGCCGCUCAGGGUCAUUUUCCUCAUAGCAGGAGCAUUUUUCUGGCUGGUGUCCCUGCUGCUGGCCUCUCUGGUCUGGUUCAUCUCAGUUCAGAUCAGUGAUAAGAACAGCGCGGCGCAGCAGAAAGGACUACUCAUCUUUGGCGUGGUGCUGUCCGUCCUGCUGCAGGAAACCUUCCGCUUCGCUUACUACAAGCUGCUAAAAAAAGCAAAUGAAGGCCUCCUCGCUCUCAGUCAGGAGGAAACCAUGCCCAUCUCCAUCCGGCAGCUGGCUUAUGUGUCCGGCCUCGGCUUCGGCUUCAUGAGCGGUGCAUUCUCUGUGGUGAACAUCCUGGCGGACUCUGUGGGGCCCGGGACCGUGGGGAUCCAUGGAGACUCACAGCACUACUUCCUGUCCUCAGCCUUUAUGACCAUGGCCAUCAUCCUGCUUCACAUGUUCUGGGGCGUCGUCUUCUUCGACGCCUGUGAGAAGCAGCGCUGGUGGGCGGUGGCUGCUGUCGUCAUCAGCCACCUCAUUGUUUCCUGCCUGACCUUCCAGAACCCGGACUACGUGGCCAGCCUGGUUCCCACCUACGUCAUCUUGUUCCUGAUGGGCGUCUGGGCGUUUUACUCCGCCGGUGGCUCCCUCAGGAACCUCAAACUCUGCCUCACCUGCAAAGACAAGGACUUCCUGCUCGCCAACCAUCGGCCCAGAUAACGCAGCACGCCAGGCAGUGUGCAGGACUCUCUAUCCAAAGAUCACCGAGUUCACACACACACACACACACACACACACACACACACACACACACACACACACACACACACUAAACACAGCAAAGAAGCUGCGUUAACUUACUGUAAAUCUGCUCUUUCACUUAAGAGGUAUUUCAUCUUUAAUCUAAAUUCAUAAAAUGAAAAUCAGUGUAAGAUCCUUAAAAGAAACAAAGAUGGGAGAUCAUUUUAUUUCCCAAGAUGGAAGUUUAAUUAGGUUGUAUCAUGAAACUCUUUUCAAAAACACAGAUUGAUCAGAUAUCUGGCUGAUGAAGUCCCCUGUUUGUCCUUUUAAGCUCUAAAAGAAACAACAAACCUACAAAAGCUUUUUUUUAAGUUGGCGGCACUCUUCACAUUCUGUACAUAUUCCAAUAUUUUCACCUUUUCUGACAGCUGUCUUCUUUUCAAAUGUGUCAAAUCUUUCAAAGGGUAGAUUUAUCAUUCAUGAACAAAAACUCUUUGUGUAAAUAUUUAUGCAUUUUUAAUUCUCUGAUGUGUAGAUAGCGAGAAGUUUUAAACUUUUUUUUUUCCAAGAUGUGAUAUCUUUAGUCUGUGUGAGAAGUUGCCUUUGAUUUGAAAUGAACACAGUUACAGAAGCUGAGAGGACACGGCUGGUGUUUAUACGUUUCUUCUCGGUUAUCUUGAGGUCACAACUUAAUUAUGUACUUAAUUACUCCUGUAGAUUGAGCCAUCAUGACUUGCUUCAGUUGAUUUGAGUAUUUAUGUAAUGGUAAUAAAAGCCAGCGAUUACUAAUUUGAAGGCCAAACGCACAUACAUUUAAUUUCAGCCAAUUUAAUUUGCAGUUAUUAUUAUUAUAGCUAUUUCUCCUGCUGUUAUCCCAAAUCCUUGUAACAUAUCACAAGUUUUGUCCCACUUCUGCUUCCUUCCUGAGAGGCAUUUAGCUAGGACUGAGAGUCAGGGGUGUAAAUCACAAGUUUCAUUACACUACAAUACAUCAAUUCUCUGGGCAAUGAUUUGAUAUUUGCUGAUAGUCUUUCAUGAUUACGCCCAAAACACACAUGUGAUUAAUAAAGAGACUCAAUAUAACUGCUCAGAUUAUGCACCAUUUGACUAGAAAAAGUGGAGUCGAACACACCUUAAAAGUGCAAAAUAAUUCUAACUUCCAGGAUUUUUUUUCACUCAUUGGUGGUAAUUAGCUUUCAUACUUGUGCUGAAGGUGACUGGAGAACUGGAAAUAAAAACUCUCAGCUUCUAUAUGGAUUAGAAGGUUCCUGUACUUUAUUUCUCGCUCCUCUGUGAACGUAAACCCACUUUUAUAACUCCAUAAACACGACCAAGAACA